AUGAGAACCAGUGCAUUUACAAGGGUGAAAGCGGCUUCCGCCGUACUACAGCAAUGUCGUGGGUCCCUCCUCCAAGGAACCACUCGUCGCAAUCUUUCGUCGUCAUCUUCAUCAUCGUCAACUUACUAUGAUUCUCAAUCGGGUAUGCACGUCCCCGUACACAAUGUACAAGAAAUUUCAAUAAUCCUAGACAGGAGUCAGGAAGAUUCCAAUCUUUCCACAUCCUUUGUCCCGGCCCAUUUGUACAAGGAAGAUCCAUCCUCGGACAUGCCCGCACAAUUGGCUAAUUUGCACUCCCAAGGUGUCCAGGGUGUCAUUUUGCCACCAAUCUCCUUUCCCCGGGAUGUUCGUAACUUACAAACCUUGAAGCAUAUUGCGCCCUCCAAGGAUUUCAUGUUUUUUGCCUCUGCCAAGGAUGUAUCAGCCGCGGCACCGCUACUGCUCCAGCAGGAGCAGCAGGAGGAGGAGAAUAAUUCCAGCAGCAGUGUGAGUUUGAUUUUAAAGUUUGACGCAGAAGACAGUAACAUCAAUGAGGGUAGUAUGGAUUUACAAAAGAUCCAUGACGCUGUUGGUGGUAAUACUAAUACUAUUACUACCAAAGUGAAUACGACCAUUGUUCUAUCGAAUAUUGGCAAGGAGGAUCAAAAUCCAAUUUCCAUUGCCAAUCAAGUAGCAGCCUGGAUUGAUGCUAAUCAAGGUGGAGACUUUAUUUGGGUGCCGAGUACAUGUAGUGCUGACGCAAAUGUUGAUUCUGACGCCUUGGAACGAUUGUGCGAAGAACUUUCCUAUCUCGACUUGGUGGGAAAGACAGUGGCAUCGCGAUUGAUGAUUGGUGGUGGUCGUAUGGACAGUACUAUUAAUGACGAGCUAGUCAACGAGACAAUGUUUUCAGGUGUUAACAAGUUUGUGGUUAGCAACGAGGACGAUAUAUCGCUGAUAGCGGAGAUUGCUGAAUUGCAAGGGAAGAGUAUCCUAAAAUAA